UAAUUCGUUUUGAGUGAACCUGUAAGGCAGUGGUUUUCAACCAGGAUUCCGCGGCAUCUGAAGUUCCGUCAACUCAGACCAGGAGUUCACAUUCUACACUUAAGCAUUCAGCAGGCUAAUUCAGAAGUCAAAUAUGAUUUUUGUCAAAGUAUUCUGCCUUUUCUUUUUCAUCGGCUCUAUGUUCGGAAAGAAAUUACCUGAUGGAGUCUGCGUCACUAAACUAGUAAAAGGGAAAUUCGUCUCUGUAGGAGAUUGCAAGAAAGGCGACGGAUCUGAGAUUGCCAACCUGAUGAAAGAAAGUCUCACAAAGAAGCAACAACAUAAAUGUGACGUCACAUACAAGAAAAAAUGCUACCGAGCAGUUGUGUAUGUUUUAGCCAAUGUUACCCUCAACAAUGCCGAAUCAACUUGCGAAUCAAUGAACGGAAAACCCGCGAAUAUUUACGACCUCAAGCAUUACCAGCUGCUGCUUCCUUAUCUACGUUCAGUGAUUCCUGCUGGUAGGACAUAUAUUGAAAUCUGGACUGGGAUGGAGUAUAAGAACAAUCAGCUUUUGCUAUCCAAUGGAAUACCAAUCACUAUAGCAACAGAAGUGUGGUAUCCUAAUUUUCCGAUAUCCGAUACAUUCCGUACAAAUGUUGGUGUUCGUAUUAGAAAAUAUCUAGAGUCUGCAAAUCAGGGAAUGUUCAAUGAUCCACCAUCCUCCUCAUUCCACGGUGUCAUCUGUGAAAUAUAAAAACCAGAUCAAAACCUGACAGAACUUCGUUGACGGAUUCAAUGAUGUGAAAGACAAAACAGUUAAAUGACUGUUGUUAUCUAUAAAGAUUUUCAUUAAAAUUUUUGUUCGCUUUUCUAUGGCCGUUGUUCUGAAUGUUCUAAUUAUGAUAGGUCCAUGUCUGAUUAUGCAAAAUUUAUAGGAUGCUCAUGAACGAUCUAAUCUUAAAUUACUCUUCAAUUUUACUAAAUCGCAUAUAUUGCAAAGUCUGUUUGUCAAGCAUUGAAACCUGAUUUAAUUAUGGGAGGAGACUGAAUUACGUGUUUAUGAAAAUUGAAUCUUUAUGCAUUUUCAUUCCACACUGAAGUCGACCUGUGAUUAUGAUAAACAAAGCCACACAAGUAUGCUGGUCUUAAUAAAUAAAACUUGCUUCACCCAAUAUUACUUACUUUCAGUGGCGGGAUUUAAAAAUCUAAGAACGUGUUCUUUUUUGAUCGAACUCGCUAACAACGGGUUCCUUCAUUAAUAGAGUCGUGCUGAACUAAACCAACAAUAAAAUUAUAACGGUUUCCGAGAACCUCUUGAAUCCUGCCACUGCUUACUUAUACAUUGUUUCUUUACUAUUAUUAUAUUAAUAACCGUAUAACCCAUGCCUUGAACUGGUCGCCUUGUCUAUUGAAACGUAUUUGCUCAGUAAAUAAAUUCAUAGCUGUCUCCAUGUGAU